UUUGGAAAUUUGGAAAGUGGAAAGAAAAAUGGAAAUUUGAGGUUAAACGUCAAACGAUGAAAUUUGUAAUUUGUUUUUAUAAGUUUAAAAUAAAUUAAAGAUAACGAUGGCUUUAAACGUAUAUCUUGGUGUUUGGAAUGAGGAGAAAUGUCAGCGAUACAAAAUAAAGGAUAUCGAUACCGAGGCUAAUGUGGACAUUUUAAAAGAGCAUUUAAAAAAGACACUUGGGGGCAGUUCCAUUGAUCAUUUAGAAUUCACAUUUUGUGGAUUAUUACUAGAAGAGGAUAAACCAUUAUCAAAUUAUGGUAUUACAUCUGGUGUAACAAUUCAUGUAAUUGAGAAGCCUAAACCUAAAAUAUAUAUUGAUUUAACUAAGAAGUUUACGGAAAAAAAAAUUCUUACGGAAGAAACAAUUCAAGAUUUUAUAAGCAGUUAUAGGAGUUUCAGAGCUUCACCUUCAUUCAGAAGUACUUUACAUAGACUGGAAAAUCCAACAGAACUUGACAAAGUUAUUGCAGCAAUACCCGGUUUAGAAGAUGACCCAGUUGCAAUUGCAUUUAUAUCUAAACCUGAAUUAUUUGUGCAAAUGGAAGAUCCAGGAACAUGUUGGCAAAUCGCCGAAAACCAUCCUUCAAUCCUCGUAGCAGCUGUUUACAUCGUCACCCUUUUUCACCAAACCACGGCUAUGACUUCUACACCAGCUUUUCACGUUCCGACCACUUCCGGGCAUUCGUAUUCCUUGGACGCCCUCUCGGACGACGACGAAGAUAUGGAAGGCGACGGAUCUACUUCACAAGGCGGCAUAACGGCCGCCCAAUUGGCAGCCGCCCUCGCUGCCGCCUCCACCACGCAAAUAACCCCUGAAAUGUUACAACAGGCAUUGUCUCCGGUCAGCGGCGCUUCCAGAUACACCAGUCAGUUGAGACAGAUGCGAGAAUUAGGCAUGAACGACGAAGGCAGGAAUUUGAGAGCGCUGGCCGCCGCCCAAGGCGAUGUUCAGGCCGCGAUCGAUUUGGUGUUUAGCGGGGCUUUUGACGAUUAGAGAAUUAAGAACUCCCGAAUGUAUUCGGAUAUUGUUUUAAGGGAAUGUUCUGGAGCAGUUUCAACUCUUGGUAUUAAUGUAACUGUAAUUUAUAUGUAUAACUUAAAUAAUAUUUAUUUGUAAUUAAAAAUCAGUUCAUACAUC